AUGGACUCCCCCCAAGCAGUUGACCAGAUCGAGGUCCUGUCCCGGCCUUCUGGAAAAGCCGAGGGCAAACACCACAUCGUCAUCGUAGGAGCUGGGAUCAUUGGCGUAUGUACGGCAUACUACUUGACUCGCCAUCCUUCUUUCGAUGCAUCCAAGCAUCACAUCACCCUACUGGAGUCCAAACGGGUCGCUGGCGGCGCGUCCGGCAAAGCAGGCGGUCUUUUGGCAACCUGGGCUUUCCCACAGCAAAUCGUGCCCCUCAGUUUCCAGUUACACCAGGAAUUAAGUGAUGAGUACGAUGGUGAAAACCAGUGGGACUAUCGCCGCCUCACAACGGUCUCCAUAGAGGCUGACGUCCAAAACGUAGCGGAGUCCAUAGACAAGGGAGAUUCCGAAUCGAACAAGAGCACAAAUAGUAGAUCGCAUACCUUAGCCACUCGCAAAAAGAGCCGCGACCCUCACACAACCACACCUACUAAGAAAAAGCGGUGUGCUCAAACCAACAGAAGUGAUCGCACGGGUAGCGAUACAGAUGAUACCGAUAGUGAUGAUGAGCGUGACGACGAUGAGAGCGAACUUGCAGAGACUGCGGAACCAACAAGCAAGGAAGCAGACCUGGACGCAGGUGCAGAUGCAGAUGCAGAUGCAGAUGCAGACGCAGACGCCAACAAUUCAGCAUCUGAUUCUGACGAAAUACAAGAAUCCUGCGGUAUGAGUAGUAGCGGAACGCCAAAUUCAACGGUGCUUCCUCCUGAUCUCAACUGGAUUAGAACUCAGCUAGUGCGUGAUUGGUCGUCUUUGGGUGGUACCGAUUCGACCGCUCAAGUGCACCCUUACAAAUUUACGCAUUUCAUAUUACACGAGGCCAUGAAAACUGGUGCAGUCGAUCUUAUUUUAGGUAAGGUAAAUGAGAUCAAGUUUAAUGAUCUAGGAUGUGCGUCAGGCGUUUCUUAUUCACCAACCUCUGACGAACUUGAGGGAAGUUCCGAAACGAUAGAUAUUUUAGAAGCUCGACAGGUUGUGUUGGCCAUGGGACCAUGGACAUCAAAGCUUCUACCCGAUUGCCCUAUAUCCGGCUUAAGAGCUCAUUCGAUCACCAUCAAGCCCUCUACUGGCACAGUAUCACCUUACGCAAUAUUCACAGAGCUGAAGAUUGGCCGCAAUAAUUAUUUCUCGCCCGAAAUGUAUGCUCGUAAGGAUGAAGUCUACGUUUGUGGUGAAGGCGACACUUUAGUUGAACUUCCGGACACAAGUGAUGCUGUUGAGGUGGUGCGUGAGAAAUGUGACGAGCUUUAUCACUAUGUUUCUAAGCUAUCUCCAAAUCUGUCGAAGGGUCAUAUUCUAAAAAGGCAAGCAUGCUACUUACCAGUACUUAAUGUGCCAACGAGCUCGGGGCCUCUAAUUGGAGAAACAAACCUCGAGGGCUUAUAUGUUGCAUCAGGCCAUUCUUGUUGGGGUAUCAAUAACGCUCCAGGCACUGGUAAAAUUAUGAGUGAGCUGCUCUUAGAUGGUGUUGCUUCUAGUGCCGAUAUUUCUGCACUUGACCCCGGUUUGUAUUUUGAUGCAAGCGUUUUGGAAUGA